AUGUCAUCCGAAGAAUACGUUUCCGAUUCUGCCGGCAGCAGCCACCACAGCGAGGCCUCCGACAGGCUCGAAGCCGAGAUCGACCGGAUGAAUGCCUCUUCCUCCGUUCCAGAGGCCGGAACCAGAAGGGGCCAGGAGGCCAGCAGCUCCGGCCAAGCUUUCGGUGCGGACCCGGCGGCGAUCACCCGCGGAGCCUGGAAAGGUUCCGACGUGAAGCAGCCGGAGAUCGAUUGGUUGUACCGCUCCCGGAGGAUACUGGCAGAGGCCUACGUAGGUCUCCUUCCCACAAAAGAAGCUUUCGCUCGCUUCUUUGGCCUUCGGAUAAAUUCGGUCCAAGGCAAGAACAUUCCCAACCCAAAGCCUCCGGUUCAGUGCGGCUCCUGCAUUAUCAGCGCGCGCCAGGGGAGCCCCUUCUUCAAGUUCUCAGGUCUGGAGUCAUGCCGGGCGUGGCAAGAGACCUUCUUCUACGUGAAGAACAAGGGCGCCGCGGAUUUCAUCAAUCUGCCGGCUUACAUUCCGGGGACCCCGUCAAAGGCCAACUGGAAGUUCAAUCCGGGGACCAACCACAUCGAAACCAACCGGAUUGUCUGCGAGCGUUUUCCUCGCAUUGCUGCGGAGGCACUACAAGGCCCUCCCCGCAAGCGCCCCUUGGACGAAGUGGAUCCGGAUCCCUACGUGGUUGGGAACAAACACAAAAUGGGCCGGACCCAUACCUCGCGCCCCGAUCUCCCCUCAGCCAGCGCCAACCCACAGGUUGUGGAGCACACUGCGCCCCUGCAGGCAGAGGUUGGCCAGGAGUUCCUGGACAAACUCUCCACCCGGGGCCAGAAGAAGAAGGCGCCGGCACUCGAAGCCGGUUCGAGCGAUGCUCCCCCUGCCAAGCGCUCCCGGAAGGAAGUGGUUGCCGGGAAGCAAGUCACCGCCAAGCGCUACUGGAAGCGGGAGAUGCCGGUUGCUUCUGGUCCUGCGCUCAAGAUCUCCAAGAGCGCCACCGGCAUGAGGCCGGAAAGCUCUGAGGACGCCGCCAGGGCCUCACCUCCUCCUCAACCAAGUCCGGCAGAUCUGUCCCCAGCGACGCGCGGCCUGGGGAAGGACAAGCUGCCGGUGGCUGACCCUGCCGGCCCCUGGAGCACGGGACAGCACUUUGGCCGGCUGCGGCGCGCGGUGAAAGAGUUCGACACCGCGUGGCACGACGCCAACAACAACGCGAUGAGCACGUUGGAUACCCGGAAGCAUCUCUUCGAGGAGCUUCUGUGGGAGCACCGGGAGCUUUCCGAAGCUCACAGCAAGUGCCAAGCUGUUCCGGAAGCCACCGUGGAGGCUCUUACUGCUCAGCUCGCCACGCUGAAAGCUGAAAAGGAGCAGCUUGCCAAGGAGCACCAACAAGCUCUGGAUGCUCAGGAGAAAAUCUCCGCUGAGCUGAAAGACAACCUUAUGCAAGCUGAACUCCGGCACGCGCAGGAGCUCAAGGAGGCCAAGGCUGCUGCUGAGGCCAAGUUGGAUGAGUCUCUGAAUGAGUUCACCAACGCCAGCGCAGUGCUGCGGGCGGAGCUGGAAGAGGAGACCCGGGCGCGGAAAGAGGCGCAAGACCGGAUCGCCACCCUCACCACGGACCAGGGUGAAUACGACCGGUUGAUCAUUCAGGCCGAUACAUUGGCCCUUCAUGCCCGCUCAGCCGGCACCCAACCGCAGGUCCAUGAGCACGUUGCUCCCUUGGACGCCGAGGCCGGAGACGAGUUUGUGGAGAAACUCGCCCCCCAUGGCAAGAAGAACAAGGCCCCGGCACCUGAUGCUGGCACAAGCCAAUCUCUUCCCUCCAAACGCUUCCGGACGGAAGUCCUUGCGGGGAAAGAGACGAGCAAGAGGCGCUAUAAGGGCAAGCAGAUGCCGCCGGUGCCGCCGCCGGAAGCGCCCAGCGCCAAGCCAACCGGGGCCACGACUUCCGGUACCUCCGCUGCCGACCCGCAGCAAGUGACGCUGCAUGCCGGCCGCGCCGCUGUCGCAGCCGGAGGCAAACCUUCCGGCGUCCUGGGCCGGAUCAGCGAACUGAAGCGCGGAGGCCGCGACCUGGGGCCCUUGCUCCCCUACGCUGAAAGGUGGAACGCUGCGGAUGUGUCCGCAGCUGCACGCGGCGUGGGAAAGGACCGGCUCCCGGCGCUGGACCCGUCUGGCCCCCGUUGCACGGAGGAGCACUUCAUGCGGCUACGGCGCGUCGUGAAGGAGCUGGGCGAUGCGUGGCAUGAUGCCACCAACAAUGUUGUGCUAUCCCGGAACCUUCCGUCGAAGCCCUCAAGGCUCAGGUCGCCAGGCUCCAAGCUCAUCCGGCAGCACCGCGAGGCACUGGAUGCCCAGGAGACUUACUCCCGUGGGUUAAAGGAGCAGCUGAUCCAGCUCGGGCUAAGGCACAGCGAGGCGAUGGAGGUCGCCCAAACCGCUGCUGAAGCUAGGCUUAACGAGGCCCUGGAGGACGCCAACAACUCCACCGUGGUGCUGCGGGCGGAACUAGAUGAGGCAGCCAAGGCGCGGCAAGCAGCCGAGGAUGAAGCCGCGCGCUUGAAAGCAGAGCAGCAGGAGUAUGACCUUUUGGUCAUGCAAACCGACGCGCUCGCCCUCAGGCUCUUCCCGGAUUCUCAGGCAUUCGCCCUGAAGAAGGUGGCGGAGCGCCGGGUGGCACAAGCAUACAAGAAUCUGGAUGCGCCCUGGGACCCCUACGACCAUCUGGUUGCGCUGUCAGCCCGCGUCUCCCACAUGCGUGCGGUGGACCGGAACCUUGCCGAUAUCCCUGAGGUGGCCAUCCAGCUUUUCAAAGUGCUUUGGCCUGAGGAGGAGGUGCCGGCCAACCUGUCCCUCACCAACGAUCGCCUGAAAGCAAACAUCUAUCUUUUUUCAUCUCUCAGAGCCCCUCUCGAGCUUACUAGGAGUGCGUCUGAUAUGAGCCAGAGGACUCCCAAAGAUACCGGCAAAGCCCAAGAUACCAGUGAAGAAAGGGGUCCCUUUGUUGCGCCCAGUCCUUCUAAGGACAAGCGCUGCAGCUCUCGCGCAAGUCCGGCACACUCUGGUGCCGGCAAUGCUCCUUCUCCCCCUCGGGGGCCCACGGCAAGUGAGGGGAACACGGCCCCUGAAGCUGAAGAUCACCGUGCGGAGGGAGAUUUUUCCUCGCCUCCAGAAACUGAGAACUCCGACGCCCGCAACAUGGGCGCCGAGCUGCCCUCUCCUGCCAAAGGUCCAGCUGUGCCGCCGCCGGCAUCCUUCAAGAAGCCUCCACCUGCUCCUUCUGCCAAGAAGGUUUCCUCCCGGAAGGGUGCUGUGGUCACUGCGGAUCAACUUUCCGGCGCCAUCCAGGCCGCAGUGGCUCAGCCUACCGCCUCUCGAACCCUUGUGCUUCAUACCGGUCGAGUUGCGGCUGCAAUCAGUGAGAAGAUCUCUGCGCGGACAGGCCGGAUUAUCGAGCUGAACCGUGGCGAGGUCAACCUUGGCUCGCUCCAAAAGUACGUCGACGAGUGGAAUAUGUCGGACAUGACUGAGGCCACCCUCGGCCUGGGCAAGGACGGGCAGCCUGCGGUGGACACCCGCGGCCCCCGGAACACGGUGCAACAUAUGUACCGGCUCAAGUGCAGCAUGCGCGAGUUUGACAACGCCUGGCAUGAUGUUGACAAGAACGUACUGGUAAGUUUCUCGUCCGGAUUUGAACUUUAUCCUUACACCGAGCUGUUUUCAACUUAG